AUGUCCAACAGAAAGUCAAAUGAGGCUGAAGCGGUGUACUGGACAAGACAGCCACCUUGGGGAUCCAACCCUCCUGGCGAAGAUGGACAAAUUGCGUGGGAGAGGAAUAAGCGAGUAUAUACGGCUUCCGAACUCAUUGUCGUUGGGGAUCAAUCCAGUGGGAAGUCCUCGGUCCUGGAAGGUCUCACCGAGCUACCGUUUCCUCGCGAUAGUACCCUGUGUACACGCUUUGCGACGCAGAUAAUUUUUCGCAGGGCCGAGCAGGAAAGUGUAACAGUCUCCAUUAUCCCAUCUCCAUCGACCGACGCUGCACGAGAGGCAAAAUUGAAAGCUUUCACAGAUGAUAGCAUGAAGGUUUUCUCGGCGGAUGAUUUCAAACGCCUGCUUGCGAAGCUAUGGGCAUCCCUACUCCUGAGUGAAAUACUCGAUAUGGCAGCAGAAGUCGACCCGUCCGGCCAGCGGACACUGGGAAUUCUCACCAAGCCAGACCUGGUGGAUAAAGAAGCGGAACAAGACAUCAUAGAUUUGGUCCGAGGCCGGAAGAAGAAGCUAAAGCUCGGAUACUGUGUUGUUCGAAAUCGAGGCAAGCAGGAACGAAAUCUCACCUCGGCCGAACGCAACCGCGGUCCCACUAAACAGACGUCUGAGCAGCAGCGGAGAUAUCUCUUGGGAAUCGCUACGAAAUUUCAGGAAAUCACGACCUUUGCGGUAGAGGCUCAGUACGGACGGCACCAAUUUUUGAAGGAGAAUAAAACUGGGGCUGGCGACACUCAUCAUCGAUUUCAACGCGGCGUUCUCUGA